AUGAGUUUCAGAAGCAGAGCAUGGAUGGUGGCCGGAGCUGUCGGAGUGGUGGAAGCCCUCAAAGAUCAAGGCUUUGCACGAUGGAACACCACCAUCAGGACCAUCCAGCACCACGCUAAGUCCAAUCUCCGAUCAAUCGCCCAGGCCAAAAUCUUGACUUCGCCGGCGGCCAUGGCUUCUAGCAAAGACAUGGAAGAGAAGGCAAAACAAUCAGAAGAAUCAUUGAGAAAAGUAAUGUUAUACAUCGAGAUUCUGGAUCUAGAUUCAAAGUGUCUGGAGAUUUUUCAAGCAAACCAGUCGAUGAAGGGUUUAGUCGGUGGAAUUGCACAAAAAAGAGCACCCACCACCACGAGAUCGAGGUAUUCUACGUGGCCCCAAUACAUGAAAUUCAAGAAGCCUGUUGGCAGCUUAUUGGUCGGCAUCGAUCAUGACUCAUCCCCAGAUUCAUCACUCCAAGAAGGCCACAUGAAUGCAUCUAGCUAUGGUCAUGUGCUGCUCCCUCAAAACCACCAUAUUUCAACCCCCAAACCACACCCCAACUCUAUAAAUAAACAAGUCUUCCCUCAUCUCCUCAUUUCAUCAGAAAAUCGCAACACUACGAGUCUACUACUCAUAACCAGAAUCCAUAGUUUCUCGCUCACAAAAUGA